AGAGAAAGAGAAGAGAAAGAGAAAGAGAAAGAGAAAGAGAAAGAGAGUCUCUCUUACAAAACAACAAUACCUUCUUCUGGAAAGCUCUGUAAGAUAGAAAGAAAGAAAGAGUGAAUUUCAGUUCAUACUCUUUCACUGCCAUUGACGCACCUUGGUAUAUGCUCGCGUACCGACAAAGUCUAAACACCUCUCUCUCUCCUUCUUCUUCUUAGAACUUAGAUUGUGGGUCUUCGCCUGAGGUUGGUGUUGUUCGUUUAUGGACCUGAGUGGAGGAUUUGGAGCUAGAUCCGACGGCGGUGGUGCCACCCGGGAAGCUACUGGGCUUGAAUCGCUUCAUCUCGGAGAUGAAUUUCGGCAACUACCUUCGGAUAACAACGCUGGUGGUGGGUUCACGCCGUUGCUUGAGCUUCCGUCUACACAACCCGUAAGGCUUCUCUAUUUCACGGACUCUUCGUCUUCUUCACCUCAAGCCGCGGCCGUCACCGGAAUAUCUCCUCCACAGGUUCACUCCUACGGGACUCUGACUUUUCCUUCUAACUCAGUCCUCAUGGAGCGAGCAGCUCGUUUCUCGGUGAUUGCCACUGAGCAUCAGCAACACGGUAAUCUCUCCGGUGAGACCGCUACGAGCUCUGUACCUUCCAACAAUUCCAGCGUUAAAACUGAGACUAAUUCAUCCCAAGUGGUGGAGAAGCAGAGCAAUCGAUCUGGAAAGAGGAAAGAUUCCGACAAGAAGGCUAGAAGCUCCACGAAUAAGAAGAAGAACAAAAGCUCUGAAGAGAACGAGAAGCUUCCAUAUGUUCACGUUAGAGCUCGCCGUGGUCAAGCAACAGAUAGCCAUAGCUUAGCUGAACGAGAAAGAAGAGAGAAGAUUAAUGCACGGAUGAAGCUGCUUCAAGAACUAGUCCCAAGCUGUGAUAAGAUUCAAGGUACAGCCUUGGUGCUGGAUGAAAUCAUUAACCAUGUCCAGUCUUUACAACGUCAAGUGGAGAUGCUAUCAAUGAGACUUGCUGCAGUAAACCCCAGAAUCGACUUUAAUCUAGACACCAGAUUGGCUUCACCAAACGGUUCUUUAAUGGAUGGGAGCUUCAACGGUACAGCAAUGCAAGUUACUUGGCCUCAUCAAGUGACUGAGACAGAACAGUCCUAUCAUCACCACCGGCAACUGCAACAACCACCACCACAACAAUGGCCUUUCGAUGGCUUGAACCAGAGGGUUUGGGGAAGAGAGGAGAAUCAAGAUCAUGGCAGUGACCACAAUAGUUUGAUGGUGGACUUUACUAAUUUGCACCCAAAUCAGGUUAAAGCGGAGUUGUAAGUAAGGGGAAAUUAGAUUAUGAAUGUGUCUAUAUAUCAUGUAACCUUGUCCCUAUAAUUAUAAAUGUAUAAGGAUUAGAUAUAUGUUAAAAAGGUAUCGGUCAUUUGAUUCAGAGAGACAGACCUGGUGUAUGAUUAUUUCUCACUUUACCAGAUUUCCACAAUGUAGAAUUUAGAAUAUGUAGGUGCUUACUGCUCAACUAGUAGAGA